CCGGGGGCGGGGGCCGAGGCCGAGGGGGUGGCGGCUGCGGCCCGGGGAGGGCCGGCAUUCAUCUCCACGUUUGCAAACGCCGCUGCUCCCGGCCCGCCACGCGCGCUGCCCGAGCUCCGCGCGCCCCCGCCGUCUCCGCGCCCGACCCUCGCUCCUCUCCUCGCCGCCCCGAUGGCGUCCAGGGCCCGGAGCUGGCGACCCCCGCCGCCGCCGCUGCUCCUGCUGCUGCUCUGGGUGACCGGGCAGGCGGCGCCCGUGGCCGGCCUGGGCCUGGGCUCCGACGCGGAGCUGCAGAUCGAACGGCGCUUCGUGCCCGACGAGUGCCCGCGCACCGUGCGCAGCGGCGACUUCGUGCGCUACCACUACGUGGGGACCUUCCCCGACGGCCAGAAGUUCGACUCCAGCUACGACAGAGACUCCACUUUCAACGUGUUUGUGGGGAAAGGACAGCUGAUCGCAGGGAUGGACCAGGCUCUGGUCGGGAUGUGCGUGAACGAGAGGCGGUUUGUGAAGAUCCCCCCCAAGCUUGCUUAUGGCAGUGAAGGCGUUUCUGGUGUGAUCCCCCCAGACUCAGUGCUGCAUUUUGACGUUCUUCUGAUGGAUAUUUGGAAUUCGGAAGAUCAGGUUCAGGUUCACACUUACUUCAAGCCCCCGAGCUGCCCUCGGACCAUCCAGGUGUCCGAUUUCGUUAGGUACCACUACAACGGGACGUUCUUGGAUGGGACACUGUUCGAUUCCAGUCAUAAUCGCAUGAAAACAUAUGACACCUACGUGGGAAUUGGCUGGCUGAUUCCUGGGAUGGAUAAAGGGCUGCUGGGGAUGUGUGUGGGGGAAAAGCGCAUCAUCACCAUUCCUCCUUUUCUGGCCUACGGAGAGGAUGGAGACGGGAAGGACAUUCCUGGGCAGGCAUCGCUGGUGUUCGAUGUUGCCUUACUGGACCUGCACAACCCCAAGGAUGGCAUUUCCGUGGAGAACAAGGUGGUCCCUGAGAACUGCGAGCGCCGCAGCCAGAGCGGGGACUUCCUCAGGUACCACUACAACGGCACGCUGCUGGACGGCACCCUCUUUGACUCCAGCUACUCACGGAACCGCACCUUCGACACGUACAUCGGGCAGGGCUACGUGAUUGCUGGGAUGGAUGAAGGUCUACUGGGUGUUUGCAUCGGAGAGAAGCGGAGGAUCGUGGUCCCCCCUCACCUGGGGUACGGGGAGGAUGGGAGAGGGAAUAUCCCUGGCUCGGCCGUGCUGGUGUUUGACAUCCACGUGAUCGACUUCCACAACCCUUCGGACUCCAUCAGCGUCACGUCCCACUACAAGCCCCCCGACUGCUCGGUGCUGAGUAAGAAGGGGGAUUACCUCAAGUACCACUACAACGCCUCACUUCUGGAUGGGACCCUGCUGGACUCCACGUGGAAUUUAGGCAAAACGUAUAAUAUUGUCCUGGGGUCUGGACAAGUGGUGCUGGGAAUGGACAUGGGGCUCCGGGAGAUGUGCGUCGGGGAGAAGCGGACAGUGAUCAUCCCGCCACACCUGGGCUACGGGGAGGCUGGCGUGGAUGGAGAAGUGCCAGGCAGUGCCGUGCUGGUGUUUGACAUCGAGCUGCUGGAGCUGGUGGCCGGCUUGCCUGAGGGGUACAUGUUCAUAUGGAACGACGAGGUGUCAUCCAACCUCUUCGAAGAAAUCGACAAGGACGGCAACGGAGAAGUCCUCCUGGAAGAGUUCUCGGAGUACAUUCAUGCCCAGGUGGCAUCCGGCAAAGGGAAGCUCGCUCCCGGCUUUGAUGCUGAGAUGAUUGUGAAGAAUAUGUUCACCAACCAGGACCGCAACGCAGACGGCAAGGUCACGGCCGAGGAGUUCAAGCUCAAAGACCAGGAGGCCAAGCACGAUGAGCUCUGAGCCCGAGGAGCCCGUGUGUGACACCAAGCCCUGUGGCCGCGGAGCGUGCCGGGAGGGCGCCGGGCUCUCUCGGAAGGUGAAUUGUCAGCAAGUGCAGGUGGCCACACAUCAAGGCUGGGUCGAUACACACGUGAGAAUUUUAGGCCGAACGCCGGGGUGUUAGACUGAAUCGGUGCGAGGGGCCUUCGCCCGGGCUGUGUGGGAUACUGAAAAGGUGGCGCUGCCAACAUGUUCUGCGGGCCUUCCGGGUAGUUUUGUUAUUAAGGGAAAAUAGAGUCGUAUAGAAGUUAUUAUAACCAUCCUGCAGGGAACAGAAGAAAAAAAAUCCAGGAUAUCUGUGUAAAGAGGAUUAAGACAAAUUUUUUUUUAACUUGCUGGUGUUUUAUAAGCGUUGUCCAGACGGGCAGGAAAAGCGAAGGGCAUGCCCAGUGGGGUUCCCAGAAAGCCCCCGAAAGCUUCUCAGCGGCCUGUACAGUACCUUCUGGUUGGCCCAGCCUCCACCUCCUCCUCCUCCUCCACACACACACACACACACACACACACACACACACACACACACACACACACUUUUCUACUUAAUCGCCCCCUGCCCUUGUGGUCCUCCGAUUGGCUGGGUAGCUUGGAGGUGAAAAACGGGACCACACAAAAGGCAUGGAGGCCCACGGGUAGAGAACUUGUCUGCCACGCGAGAGCACCUGCUUCACCGUCUCAGCCCCGUCACUCUGCCCCGUCGAGCCCUGAGUCCUUUGAUCAGAUAGAUGCGUGCAGGGCCGGCGGCCAGGCCGAGCUGCAGAGCAUCUCCCUGUGGCCCAGGUGGCCAUGUUGUCCCAGCCGAUGAGCAUAAACAAGGGGACAGGCUGCUCCUCUGCCUCCUGGAGAGGGAGGGCCCCCGCUCUGCGUAACAAGGACCCUUCCCCCCGGGGCCCGUCCCCACGUUGUGCAGUGAACACCUUGCUGCCUUAUCUCCUCUGGUCCCCACCGGUGAUGGCACCGCCUCCCCUCCCUGAAGUGACCCGCGCUUUUCCUUCUGAAACAGCUUUCUGUUACUAAUUUAAACUGUUUUGUACUGAUGUAGCUCUGAGGUAGUCCAUGAAAACGCCAUGCGCUCAUUCAGUUGAAUGUUGGGAAACCCAUCUUUUCGUAUAUAAAACGUUGAAUUCUCUCA